AUGGCUGACAGAUAUUCUUUUUCGUUAACUACUUUUUCACCUAGUGGUAAACUAGGUCAAAUAGACUAUGCUUUGGCAGCUGUUAAACAAGGUGUGACCUCAUUAGGUAUCAAGGCUACGAAUGGUGUUGUCAUUGCAACAGAGAAAAAGGCUAAUUCUACAUUGACCCUAACGGACACGUUAGAUAAGAUUUCUCAAAUUACUCCAGAUAUCGGAGCAGUGUACUCUGGUAUGGGUCCUGAUUUCAGAGUGCUCGUUAAUAAAUCAAGAAAAACUGCCUACGGUAACUAUAGGAAGACAUACGGUACUUAUCCACCUACCAAGACACUUGUUUCUCAGAUCGCCAAAAUUAUGCAGGAGGCAACUCAAUCUGGAGGUGUGAGACCUUUUGGAGUUUCUCUUCUAGUUGCAGGAUAUGAUGAUCAUAAUGGGUUUGGGUUAUAUCAGGUUGAUCCCUCUGGUGCGUAUUUCCCAUGGAAGGCUACAGCUAUUGGUAAGGGUGCAACAGCCGCGAAAACAUUCCUAGAAAAGAGAUGGAAUGACGAACUUGAACUUGAAGAUGCAAUUCACAUAUCGCUUUUAACUCUAAAAGAGUCUGUUGAAGGUGAGUUCAACGGUGAUACCAUUGAAAUUGCAGUUAUAGGUGAGGAAAACGAUGAUCUACUUGGUUAUAGCGGUGAUGCUAAAGCAAGAGGCCCCCGCUUUAGGAAAUUCUCUGCACAAGAAAUUAACGAUAGGUUAGAAGCUCUGUAG